ACUCGACCAUCACCCUCUCACGAAGAAGAUGUUAAAGAACAAACUACAAAAAACAACAACAACAACAACAACAAGAAAACUAAGAACACCAUCAAGACUAAGACCACCACCACCAUCAUCAAGACUAACAACCCAACCAUUCUCAAUCAAUAACCCAAUCUACCACAGGAUACUCUCAACACUAGGACUACUCCAACACACUCAAACUGAAGCAACUUCAACUAACAACAGACAACUAGCCGAACUCAUCAACCACUACAACCUCACAAACCAACCAUCAAACUCAAGAUCAUCAUCCAAGAACACUAUCCAAGAACAAUCCAACCCAACCGAACUAUCCAACUUCAUCCCAUGGGCAGCCUCACUCAACAACCCACCCAUCCAUCCACUCCUCAAAUCAUCACUCCAAUCACUCUCAAGACUGAUCGACAUCAGGCGGCCUGAGGACCUCUAUCCGGAUGCCAGACGAUACAAGCGCCAGAUCCAUCUGCACGUCGGCCCUACCAACAGUGGCAAGACUCACUCGGCCCUCCGAGCACUCCAUUCCGCACACACCGGUGUCUAUGCAGGCCCACUCAGACUACUCGCCCACGAGGUAUUCACCAGGAUCAAUGCCGGCCAAAUCGCACCCGACCUGGCUCCCAGGCCAUGUAACUUACUCACCGGUGAGGAGCAACGGAUAUCCUCACCGACCGCCGGCCUGACGAGCUGCACGGUCGAGAUGCUAUCCUGUCAACAGUUCUACGACGUCGUCGUCAUCGACGAGAUCCAGAUGAUCGGCGACCACUUCCGCGGCGAUGCUUGGACUCAGGCUGUCCUCGGCGUCCAAGCCAAGGAACUCCAUCUCUGCGGAGAGGAGAGCGUCGUAGGCCUGAUCGAAAGCUUGGCUAACUCGUGUCAGGACGAGUUCAUCUUGCACCGUUACCAACGUCUCACCCCGCUCAAGGUGGCCGAUUCGAGCCUCAAGGGCGAUCUCUCUAAGGUCCAAAGAGGCGACUGUCUCGUCACCUUCAGUCGCAACAAUAUCUAUGCUCUCAAGAAGGCUAUCCAAUCGGCCACUGACCUUCGAGUCGGAAUGGCCUACGGUGGUCUGCCGCCCGAAGUCAGAGAGAGAGAGGCGCAGAUGUUCAACCUGGGCAGUCAGGUGGAAGGAGAAGGUGGAUAUGAUGUCCUGGUCGGGAGUGAUGCGAUCGGAAUGGGUCUCAAUCUCAAGAUCAAGCGGGUGAUCUUCCAAUCCCUGCAUAAAUUCGACGGUCGCAAUGAGGUUGCAUUGAGCACUUCACAGAUCAAGCAGAUAGGCGGCCGAGCGGGACGGUUUGGGAUAUUGCCCAAGAAUGCGGGCCCGGGGGAGUCGGGAGAGAGUCGGGAAGAAGGGAGGACGGUCGGAGAGGUGUUGACGAUGAACGAGACGGAUAUGAGUCUCUUACGCCGAUCGAUGGCCGCGCCGUUUGAGAAGAUUGAACGGGCGGUGUUGAAGGCACCGUUCACGACGGUCGAAGGCCUGGCACGCCGGGCGCCUCCCCGGGGUGCGCUACUCCAAUCUACUCGACCUGCGAAGGUCCCUGACCCUCACCCGGCCAGAAUACGCGAUCGGAGACGAGAAGAACUCGGGCUCGAUCGCCGACGCGCUCCAACACAUCCUGCCCCUCAGUCUCUCCGAACGUGACCUCUUCUGCUCGGCCCCCGCCAGCGCUAGAAGUCCUGUGGCCAUCUCCGCCCUCCAACAAUGGGCUAACGCACAUGCGCUUCGUCGGCAGGUCGAUUUCUUGGCCUGGUUACGUCACGAAAACGUCGAACAAACCAUCGGUUCCAUCGAAUCAUCUAUCAACUCUUCUUCUUCCUCUUCUUCUUCCUCCGCAACAACAACGACAACAAAUCACCCAAAACAAAACUUGAUAAAAUUGGAACGGCUUCAUAAUGAAAACUUGCUCAGAUUGGAAUCGAUCCAUAAAUGUCUGGUUCUGUAUCUUUGGCUGGCCUUCCGACUUCCUGAAAGCUUUGUGGAUUUCGAACGCUGUCAGGAACUCAAGUUACGGACUGAGACCGUGCUCGGAAUCGGACUCAAUUCGAUCUAACUUUGUUGUAACUCUCUCUCAUAUUUCCCUUCCCCCCUUUUUUGUACUUGCAAAUGUUUGGUUUUGUGCUUUUUUUUGGGUUGGUUGGUUGAUAGAAAAUAGAGAGAUCUAUUUACUCAACUGAAGUAUACAUUUGUCCUUUGUCCAUCUUCAUCCUAGUUGAACUACUAAUUAAUGAUUUCCCAUAACUAUUAAAAUACAUCAACAACCCAUUUCCCUCUAA